CUUUCCCGUUCUUCUGCGAUAUUCAUAUGGUAACUUAUUACAGUCUCAUAGUACAUCUCACUCAACAAUCAAGAUCCAAUCUUGAAGGUUACCAAAUUUUCUCGUGAAAAAAGACACCACAAACGAAAGAUUUCCCAUUUCCCCCAGAAAUCUUGUUUGCAAUGGCAAAUGGUUGGAGAAGAAACCAACCCACCAAGAUUCUCAGCCCCAAGAAUCUUCUCCUCUUCCUCUCCACCUCCCUCUUGCUCCUCGUCUUCUUCUACCUCUCCUCUCAAACCCAAAACCCAUAUCCAAAAGCCCUCAAAUCCCUAAGAAAUCCAAUCUUCCAGCGCUCUAUAAAGCCGUUUGAUUGCUAUUCUUCACCUCAAGCCCACCCUGUAAUCGCCAAUGUAGUGGAAGGUCUCAAAUACCCAUUUCUCUUUUCCCUCUCAGACUUCGGGAAUUUACCAGAGAAGCCCCACAAGAAUAUCAAUAGGACUCUCAAGGGGAAGGCCUUUAGGAAGCCUGAUAUAUCUGAGACUGUGCAGGGGUUGUUGGAGAACAUGAGGAAUGAAGGUAGUAAUGGGAUUUUUGUGGAUGUUGGGGCUAAUGUUGGAAUGGCCACAUUUGCUGCCGCUGUUAUGGGGUUUAAAGUUGUGGCAUUUGAGCCUGUUUUUGAGAAUUUGCAGAAGAUCUGUGAAGGGGUUUACUUCAAUAGAGUUGGGGAGUUGGUGGAAAUCUAUGAAGCUGCCGCUUCUGAUCAAUUAGGGAAUAUUAUACUUCACAAGUUGGUUGGGCGGCUUGAUAAUAGUGCAAUCUCUGCCACUGGUGCAAAGUUGGCAUUUAAGUCUAACGAAGAAAUUGCAGUUGAAGUAAAGACGGUUCCUCUGGACGAUGUGAUUCUAGAGUCAGAGCGGGUACUAGUGCUCAAAAUCGAUGUUCAGGGAUGGGAGUAUCAUGUUCUAAAGGGGGCCUCAAAAUUGCUGUCGAGAAACAAAAGCGAGGCCCCUUACCUAAUCUACGAGGAAGACGAGCGUUUGUUGCAAGCUAGCAAUAGCAGCACAAAAGAGAUUCGAGACUUUCUCCAAACCGUGGGAUACCAUAAUUGCACCAAACACGGGACAGAUGCCCACUGCACAAAAAGGGAUUGAUGAGCCACGAAUUUCAGAUGGAACCAAACAUUCAACCAACAUUGUUGACUUGCCUUCAAGAUGUGAUUACAAUGAUUUAGAGGAACUUGCAGGUGGUCUGUGUAUAUGGAUUUUGACUCAGAGCUGAAAGAAUAUCUUUACAACUAACACUGGAUACAUUGCUUGAGUAACAACUUCUAUAUGACCCUAAAUGGGGGCUCACAUUUUAGAAUUGCUUUGCAGCUUGAU